AUGGGAGGACGACCACGCAACACGCCUGCGACAAACGCUGAAGAGGUAGCACCUAUGUCUGGGAAGCCGGAAGAGGUAGAGGAGCACAUCGAUUUUGGGGAACUGAGCUUGCAGGACUUCGUGGCGGUGAAGACCGCAGAGCGACAGCAACCCACUUCUGUACAUACAUAUAGCGCGCAGUCAGUCGAAGAAUAUGACAAAGACAAAGAUAAGUUUGAGGACCUACACAAAUCUAUUUUGGCGUGCGAUGAGGUGCUCAAGUCGGUGGAAGCAAACCUGACAAACUUCCAAUCCGAUUUGGAGGCUGUCUCGGCAGAGAUAGAAUCUCUCCAGAACCGGUCCAUUGCUCUGAACACGAAGCUGGAGAACCGUAAGGUGGUGGAGAAGCUUCUGGGGCCGGCGGUGGAAGACAUCAGCAUAUCGCCAGCUGUCGUACGCAAGAUUGCCGAAGGCCCGGUUGACGAAGGCUUCGUGCGCGCUCUCGCAGAGGUUGAAAAGCGGUCCAAGACAGUGAACGACAAAGCCAAGGAGCACCCGGACUUGAUGGCCAUAAAGGACGUCAAACCCUUGCUAGACGAUCUUACACACCGCGCAGUUGAACGAAUACGAGACUACAUAGUUGCUCAGAUCAAGGCCAUCCGCUCACCUUCUAUCAAUGCGCAGAUCAUUCAGCAGCAAGCAUUCCUUAAAUACAAAGACCUGUAUUCUUUCCUGGCAAAACAUCAGGCAGAACUUGCACAACAGAUAGCGCAGGCAUACAUAUAUACCAUGCGCUGGUACUAUCUCAAUCAUUUCAGCCGCUACCGGACAGCGCUCGAAAAGAUCAAGGUGCACGCUAUGGAUAGGUACGAUGUUCUAGGCGAAGAUCCCAGUGCUAGAAGGACGGGAACUCUGCUCGGUCAGUCUCGAAAUGCACCAGUCGCCUAUGACGCUUUCUCCCUCGGACGACGCCGCGAUGCUCUGAAGAGCUCCUCCGUCAAUGCCUUGCCAGCGAAUGUCGCCGAAGACGAGAAAUCGCCCCACUACCUAGAAGUGCCUUUCCGCAGCUUCAAUCUCGCACUCAUCGACAACGCAUGUUUCGAGUAUACCUUUAUCUCUACAUACUUUGCUCCAUCGCAAAACUUCCAUGCCAUCUCGCGGACCUUCAAUUCAAUCUUCGAGCCCACGCUAGCAGUCGGCCAAACGGUUACGAAAUCUCUCGUGGAAGCAACGACGGACACUCUGGGUAUACUCCUCUGUGUACGACUUAAUCAGCAUUUCGCUUUCGAACUCCAACGUAGAAAGGUCCCGACUGUGGAAGGCUACAUCAACGCAACCAAUAUGUUGCUAUGGCCGCGGUUCCAACAGGUUCUGGACAUGCACUGCACGUCGCUCCAGAAAGUUACAGCAUCUCUGCCCGGUCGACCCUCGGCUGGUGCUGCAUUACUUGGCUCCAGCUCCUCGACCGCUACCUCUACAGCGCCGACACCUCUCACGCAAAGAUUUGCAAACUUGCUUCAAGGCAUAUUGGCUCUUUCUUCGGAAGCAGGCGAUGACGAGCCUGUUAGUGUAUCUGUGGGCAGAUUGAGGAGUGAGUACGAAGCCUAUCUCACGAAGCUGAGCAAGGGUACUAGUGAUGCACGGAAGAGGGAACGAUUCUUGUGUAACAACUACAGCUUGGUGUGUACGAUUUUGGCAGAUGUUGAAGGAAAGCUUGGGGAGGAAAUGAGGGCACACUUUGAGAAGCUGAGAGAUUCUUUCGAUAAGUGA